AAAUAAAUGUACUGCGCAUGCUCGGUGAGCCGGGCCAGGCGCUGGAGACGGCAAAAUGAUCAUGGCGCUGAGUAAAACAUUCGGCCAAAAGCCGGUGAAAUUUCAGCUGGAAGAAGAUGGGGAAUUUUACAUGAUCGGCUCCGAGGUGGGGAACUACCUGCGCAUGUUUAGGGGUUCACUGUACAAGCGGUACCCCUCCCUCUGGAGACGCCUGGCCACAGUCGAAGAAAGGAAGAAAAUUGUCGCCUCUUCACACGGGAAGAAAUAUCACGGGUACACAACAUUAGCUACUAGUGUCACCCUGUUGAAAGCAUCAGAAGUAGAAGAGAUUCUUGAUGGGAAUGAUGAAAAAUACAAAGCGGUUUCUAUUAGCACAGAGCCUCCAACUUACCUCAGGGAACAAAAAGCAAAAAGAAACAGCCAGUGGGUUCCAACUCUGCCGAACAGCUCUCACCACCUGGAUGCUGUGCCCUGCUCUACUACCAUCAAUAGAAACCGCUUGGGUCGUGACAAGAAGAGGACCUUCCCGCUGUGCUUUGAUGAUCAUGAUCCAGCAGUGAUUCAUGAAAAUGCUUCUCAGCCAGAGGUGCUUGUUCCUAUCCGACUGGACAUGGAGAUUGAUGGGCAGAAAUUGCGUGAUGCCUUUACAUGGAACAUGAAUGAGAAAUUGAUGACUCCAGAAAUGUUUGCAGAGAUUCUCUGCGACGACCUAGACCUCAACCCUCUUGCCUUUGUCCCAGCUAUUGCUUCAGCUAUCCGCCAGCAGAUAGAGUCUUAUCCUACUGACAGCAUUCUGGAAGACCAGUCUGACCAGAGGGUCAUCAUCAAGCUAAAUAUCCACGUUGGGAACAUUUCCUUGGUUGACCAGUUUGAGUGGGAUAUGUCAGAAAAAGAGAACUCCCCAGAGAAGUUUGCCCUGAAGUUAUGUUCGGAGCUUGGCUUGGGUGGCGAGUUUGUUACCACUAUUGCAUACAGCAUUCGUGGGCAGCUCAGCUGGCAUCAGAAGACUUAUGCAUUCAGUGAAAACCCCUUGCCAACAGUGGAAAUCGCUAUCCGAAAUACAGGUGACGCAGACCAAUGGUGUCCUCUUCUGGAGACCCUCACAGACGCAGAAAUGGAAAAGAAGAUCCGUGAUCAGGACAGGAACACCAGGCGUAUGAGACGUCUUGCCAACACUGCACCAGCCUGGUAAACAGUCCCCUCCCGACGAAACUUGCGGUUCACAUCCUGGAGAUGGAACCUCGCCCCAUAAAUAAACAAAAAAGUAAUCAUAAAAAAAGAAAAGAAAAAUGUAAAAAAAAAAAUUCUAAGACUAAAGAGUUGUGGAGGAGAGGAGGGUUACCUUAGCACCUCUUGAGCCCAAAUCAGAAGGUGUAGAGGACCCACACAUUCCACUUUCAAAGCAGCUGGGUGCUGCCUAGUUUGACUCCCUCAUCCUUUCCUUCCAUGUACAGAGUGUGAAGCUUUAGUGCUACCUGACUACCGGAAGACCUGAGACAGAUGUCCCAAGCCCUCCUUUAUACCUGUGUACGUGAUAUGUAAAGCUUUUUUGUGUUCUAUUUUUAAUUUGUAUAGGUGCAUCAUGCACUUGUAGAGAACUUUUUAAAUAAACCUAAUGCUCA